AUGGCAGCAGAUUUACUGAAUGAAGAACAAAUUGCAGAGUUUCAAGAAGCCUUCAGCCUCUUUGACAAAGAUGGAGAUGGGUGCAUCACAGUAGAAGAAUUGGGUACGGUGAUAAGGUCCCUUGAUCAAAACCCAACUGAGAAGGAGCUUCAGGACAUGAUUAAUGAAGUCGAUUCUGAUGGAAAUGGGACCAUUGAGUUUGCUGAGUUCUUAAAUCUCAUGGCCAAGAAAAUUAAGGAAACUGAUGCAGAGGAAGAGAUUGAAGAGGCUUUCAAAGUUUUUGACAAGGACCAAAAUGGUUACAUAUCAGCUAACGAACUUCGCAACGUGAUGAUGAACCUAGGGGAAAAGCUAACAGAUGAAGAAGUUGAACAGAUGAUAAGAGAGGCUGAUUUGGACGGUGAUGGACAAGUCAAUUACGAUGAAUUUUUCAAGAUGAUGAGUACCAUUGGAUAG